ACAAAUAUAGACGCCAAUAACCCACCGGUGCAAUCAUACAACUUGCAUGUGUCUCAGUAUAGCUAUGGUUUCGUGUUCGGAGAGACCAGCCACAACAAAUGCCGGGGUUGCUACACUUUUCCAGGUUGAUUGAUAUAUAUGGACCAGUCAUGCCCUGUGCGAUCGAUGAACAAAGCUUUCCAAGUCGUGACUUGAAUAGCUAGAUCGGAGAUUUCAUUCUAGGCAUGCAUGAGAAAUAUGACUGGUUUGAAUUGCGGGUCGGAUCGAGAAUGUGGAGAGGCGAAAGAGAGGCCAAGUGUCGAUCGAUGGCACCUACAGUUGCUUGAAAGGGUAAGAGAAAGGGAAAAAAAAAUAGGCCCCAAAACCUCCACUUGGCAACAUCGCCAACGACGCGGCCAAAACACGGUAACAACACAUACAUCAUGGAAAUGUUGGGCAAAUGGAAAGCUUUUCCCGACAAAUUGUUCCAAACGAGAUGCCACAAGUCUCUUCCGGCAUGUUUUGUCCGCAUCUUGUAGAAAAGUUAUUAUCCCCUCCUUCCUACUUGAGCAUGUCUCACCCGCGCACCAAGACAUUCCUCAUACCGGCACAAGCUUUUCAUCAUCCUGACGUGCAUGACUUAGCCCCCUAGCCAAUGCCAGACUGCCUACAAAUGCGGCAUCUUCUCUCCGCUAGCCUACAUCGUUCUUGUCUACCUCGUCUUCACGUCGCCAUGCUAAGACAAGGUUUCAGAAUAACUUGCCACAGAACGCCUCCACGAGCCUAUCCGACUGGCUAGAAGAUGAAAUACCUGGUGGAAAACUCAGACCCAGCCUCCCCCACGUCUUAGCUCUGCGGCUAACACGGCCUAGCGCCUCUAGGCAUGAAGACAACUGUACCGUCGUUUUGAUUCGAUUGGCCGCGCCACUGUAGAAUUCCCCCCUUAUAUCAUUAGUACGCUGUCGUCACAGCUUCGUUUUCCUUUUCGAUGGUUUUGCAAGGCUGUUUAAUUUUCAGACUCAAAACAGCAAGACCACGGUUUUCGAUUCACGUUGUAGAGGGAUACUUCACCACAGAGCUCUGGCAGCUAGCGACCACAAUCAAAACGCGCCCUCUGCGGCAGCGGAGUUGAAAAAAUGACCUCUUUCGGAGACGAAGAAAGCAACCUAACGCAACCACCUCCCACUCAUGGUGAUCGAGUAUUAUCAUCCCUGAUCCAGAUGUAUCGUACAGAGGAUGGCAGCAACACCAACAGAACGAGUAGCGAUACACACUCCUUUGAUACUUCAGCAAGAUGGGCGGAGAAGAAACAGAGAAUACCGUCUGGUAUUCUUGCAGGAAGCCCUAUGACUCUGGAAGAUGACGUUAUGCUACGACGUCGCUACCUUCUUCGACUCUGCUACGCUCUCAUGCUCUACGGCGCUCCAACACAUCGACUGGAAGAGUGUAUGGGUCUCUCUGCGCGGGCGUUGGAGAUCGAAGGCCAGUUUCUGUACUUUCCAUCCUGCAUGAUUGUUGUUUUUGACGAUAGCUGUACGCAUACCAGCGAAAUCAAGGUUGUACGAGCACCUCAGGACAUUGAUCUAGGAAAGUUGCGUGACGCGCAUAAGAUUUACAAACUGGUUAUUCACAAACGAAUCGAUGUGGACGAAGCUAUGGAAUGGCUCGAAGAGGUUAUCGGCCGAAAAUACAAAUAUUCGGUCUGGUUUCGCGUCUUGAUGUGCGGUGGCAUCUCUAUGUGCGCUGCACCAGUUGCUUUUGGCGGCCGCAUUAUUGAUCUACCACCGGCUUUCUUGUUGGGCACCAUUGUUGGCGUACUUCAAUAUUACUGUGCUGCAAGCAAUGAGCUGUAUGCUCCGGUUUUGGAAGUCAUGGCCGCCAUGAUGACAGCAUUUGGUGGCCGCUUCUUUGGAUCUCUCUACGGCGGGCAAUUAUUCUGUUUCAGCACGCUUGCGCAAUGUAGCCUGGCACUUAUUUUGCCUGGAUACAUGAUUUUAUGUAGUUCUUUGGAACUUCAGAGUCAUAAUAUCGUUGCAGGAAGCGUCCGUCUGAUUUAUGCAAUGAUUUAUACACUUCUGCUGGGAUAUGGACUGACCAUUGGCGCCUCGAUAUACGGAAUCAUGGACUCCAACGCAUCAAGCGCUACGAAAUGCACUGACCCCCUGGACCGCCGAUUUCACAUCAUUUUUGUUUGUGGGUUUACAUUUUGUACCGCCAUCAUUUGCCAAGCCAACUGGAAGCAGACACCAAUCAUGCUCGCUAUGUCAUGUACUGCAUAUGUCGUUAGCAGUACUUGUGGUCAAUACUUCUUGGGAAACAGCCAAAUCCCUAACCUUCUUGGGGCAUUGACUCUUGGUAUCAUGGCAAACCUCUACUCGAGACUUGGCCGACACGUUGAGCAUGCAUGGCUGCAUUGCGCUGAGUGGAGCAAGAGCUGCUUCUCUCGCCGGACGCGACUUACAGCAGACAAGACAGAGUGGCCGUUGCCAAACAACCCGCAAGCGGUACGUCUUCCCCGGAAAACUCGUGUCGAGUUACGCAAGCAAAGCGUUGGCUAUAGCCUUGCAGCAGCAGCAAUGCUUCCAGCCAUUUUUGUCCUUGUGCCUGGAAGUGUUGCUGCAGGCGGAUCCCUGAUAUCGAGCAUCGCGUUUGCAGAUCAGAUAGCCGGAAACCAUGGUGACGGGAAAGCAUCGAGUGCCUUAGACAGCACGGGACUCACCGUCCUAUUCCGAGUCCUACAGGUGGCCAUCAGCCUCAGCGUGGGACUGUUCCUCAGCGCCUUGAUUGUCUAUCCUCUUGGCAAACGACGAAGCGGCCUAUUUGCAUUUUAAAGUCAACGAAUUUCGUACAAAACCAAGUGUGUGUUUGGACAUAGGACUUUAGACAUUUUUCAUCAUUAAAAG